ACCUCAUGAUGCGAAGACCAGAAAGCACUAAAGUUCCCCGGUGUGAAGAGAAGUAUUCUUCAUAUGAACAGGUUUGGUUGACGAAGUUUCAGUGAAGUUUCUGUGAAGUUUUAGGUGUGAAAAUUUGACCUUGCACUUUGAAGACAACUUUAAAACCAGAUAGCUAGUAAAACUCUAUCCAUAUUCACAACAAUUCCUUUGAUAUCUGCUAAAACAUUCUUCCUCUUCUAUGGCUACCCCAGAUAACCAAUUAAUUUCCCCUGCUUCUUCUUCUUGGUAUCCUAAAUGGGAUGUCUUCUUGAGUUUUCGUGGUACAGACACUCGCAGAAACAUUGUUUCUCAUCUUUACACUGCUUUGCAUAACGCAGGAAUUGAAACCUUUAAGGAUAAUCUUGAACUUCAAAAGGGCGAAGAAAUUUCAUCGGCAUUACCUGCAGCAAUCCGCGACUCUGCAGUUUCUAUCGUUGUUAUCUCAAAGAACUAUGCUUCUUCGGCAUGGUGCCUUGAUGAGCUCUUAGAUAUCCUUGAUUGCAAGAAAACAAAUGGUCAGUUGGUAAUUCCCGUGUUUUGGUAUGUUGAGCCCUCAGACGUGCGUUAUCAGAAAGGCAGUUUUGGAGAAGCUAUUGAAAAGCAUAAUAAGCGUUACAAGUCGGAGAUUGUGGAGAAGUGGAUAUCUGCUCUUGUCGAAAUUGCUGAUAUGUCAGGUCACCAUCUAAAAGAGGCUACAGAUGAGGAAGAAUCUUCCAUUGUUCACAAGAUUGUGGCUCAAGUGGCAAACCAAGCAUCUCCAAAUCUAUCCCACCAUAAUGAACAUCUCUUUGGGAUGGAUGCAGCAGUAGAAGAGAUAUAUAAAAGAAUGAGAAUGCAGUCAAAUGAAGUCCUUGCCCUCGGGAUAUGGGGGAUGGGCGGAAUUGGGAAAACAACCGCUGCCCAAAAUUUCUUUGACAAAUAUUCCCAAGAAUUUGAUAUAAGCUGUUUUGUUGAAGACAUAAAACCAAAUUCAAAAGGUGGUAUUCCGCUACUUGAUGUAAUUGAGAAACUCUUGAUCAAACUUGGUGGCAAGAAGGAAUAUAAUGUUCCGGAUGUUGCAAGGGGUAUCAAACGAUUGAAGGGAAUCCUAUGUUCUAAGAAAGUUCUUAUGGUUUUGGAUGAUUUGGAUGAGUCAAUCUACUGGGAGUUGCUAGUCAGGCUUUGCAACUCGUUUUCAGCUGGAAGUAGAAUUAUGGUUACCACAAGAGAUAAAAACAUGCUAACUAAAUUGGGAGCGCACAUGUCAGGCGUGGAUAUAUACGAGUUGAAGAAAUUGGGACAAGAAGACUCAGUGAAUCUCUUUAGCUAUCACGCCUUUGGAAAAACAAUGGCCACUAAAGUUUUGAGAGAGCUGGCAAUUGAAUUUUCAAGUUAUGCCGGAGGUCUUCCAUUAGCUCUUAAAGUGUUGGGUUCAUCUUUAUGCGGGAGGACUUCUGUGUCAUUCUGGAAAGGUCAACUUAGAAAACUUCGACAAAUUCCAGACAUGGACAUACACAAAGUUCUUCGUCUAACCUAUGAUGAAUUAGGUGAUGUGGAGAAGGCAAUUUUUCUUUACACUGUAUUCUUUUUUGUUGGAAAGGACAAAGAUGAAGCUGUCCAGAUAUUCGAUUCUUGUGAUUUUUUUCCAGACACAGGAGUGCCGAUUCUAGAGGAAAGAUGUCUACUAGCCAUUGAUGAAGAGAAUAAGUUUCGGAUGCAUAAUCUUAUUCAAGACAUGGGAAUGGUAGUUAUUCGUGAAGAAUCGGAACAUGGAAAGUGCAGACACUUAACCUUGGGUGAAGAAAAUCCAUGCAAAGCUCUGCAGGCUUUAAAGGAAUUGGAUAAGAUUGAAGCUCUUAUUUUGGAUCUAACCACAGCUACAAACAGACAAUUGAACGUUGAAAUAUUUGAAAAGCUGUCGAAGUUGAGAUUACUUGAGAUAAUUGGUCCUUGCUACAUGCAUGGAAGUUUCAAAAAUAUAUUUCACAAACUAAGGUGCAUUCGAUGGGAUUAUUGUCCGGGGAGGUGUUUACCUUCCGAUCUACGUCCACAGCUACUUGUCUCUCUUGAAAUGCCAAACAGUGAACUCACCACACUGUGGAAAGGGGCCAUGUCUCUCGUAAACUUGAAGAUUUUAAACGUCAGCUGGUCAAGGCGCCUGAAAGCUACUCCUAAUUUUGGAAAUGCAAAAAAGGUCGAGAAGUUGUGGUUUCAUGGUUGUACAAGCUUGCAAAAAGUUCAUCCAACAAUUGGAGAGUUGGGUAAUUUAAAGCAUUUGGAUUUGAACGGCUGCAAACAGUUGAUAGAAUUGCCCGAGACAAUUGGACAGUUAACCAAAUUGGAUUAUUUGGAUGUGAGUUCUUGCGUGAAUUUGACACGGUUGCCUGAGCCUAUCACACAGUUAACUAACUUGAGCUGUUUAUAUAUGGACGGUUGUCGCAAUGUGAAACGAUUGCCGGAGCUGUUGGGUGAUAUGAAAGCUCUAAAGAAGCUCUCUGCACGUUAUACAGGAAUUGAGAAACUGCCUGAUUCAAUCACUCAAAUGAAAGAAUUGGUUGGGUUGUACUUGAGCGGUUGCAAGAACUUUACCAAGUUACCUGAGCAAUUUGGAGAUUUGGAAGGCUUAGAGCGGUUUGAAGCAUGUGAUACUGCACUGGAAGAACUGCCUGACUCGUUUGUAUGCCUGAAUAAUUUGGUUUACAUGAUUUUGUGGAGCUGCAAAAACCUUAUAAAACUUCCAGAUGGGAUAGGGAAGUUGAAGUUGCUUAAAGAAAUAAAUUUGGGAUACUGUUCAAAACUGAAGCGACUGCCUGAGGAUAUUGGGAAGCUACCAUGCUUAGAAGAGCUUGAUGCUCACUACACCGCGAUCGAAAAACUACCUGAUUCGAUUGGACAACUGGGUAGCUUAAAACGUUUAAAAUUGGGUUGCUGCAGGAGGCUUACAUGGCUGCCUGAUAGCAUCGGAAGUCUUACAUCGCUUGUAUCAUUACACCUUGAGGGCAGCGGUAUAAUCAACUUGCCCGACACGGCUAAGAAUAUGAGGUUACAAUGUUUAACAGCAUGUACUACAGAAUUAUGGCUGCCGGUAAUUCCAAGUCUUUCUUGUUUGAAAGAAUUAUCUCUCAGUGAUGAGGGCCAUGGAUUCUCUUCAACCAAACCAUUUAGUCUUUCAAAGCUUCUCAACCUAGAGAGAUUUGAAUGUAAAAAUUUAGGGUCAUCCCUUCCAGAACUACCUCUGUAUAUAGAAGAUUUACGGGUACAAGAUUCUACUACACUGGAACAACUGCCCGAUUUAUCCGGCUAUAAACAAUUAAAGAGAUUAGAGAUAAGGAGAUGCAUCAGCCUUCAAGUACUCCCCUUACUUCCUCCUCAUCUUGACCGCUUGGUUGUUUCUGAGUGCAAGAGCCUACAGAAUCCACCAGAUAUUUCAUUGCCGAAGGAAUUGAGAAAUUUACGUGUUGUUGAUUGCAGCAGUGUGAAAUCAGUUUGUUUAGAAGAGAGAUUACUUCAGGCCCCAAUUACAGCUAAUAUCCCAAACAAGGAGAUACCUGAAUGGUUUAAGUAUCAAUGCAAUGGAUGUACACUCUCUUUUCAUUUCCCACCAAUUUUGGAAGAGACUUACUCCGGUCUGGCACUCUGGUUUGUUUACAAAAUUAUAAACAUCGAUGACCCGCGAAGUUACAUUAGAGCUGUUAUUAGCAAUGAAACACAGGGUAUAACCAAAAACUAUCACAUGGAUGUACCUCGUGAUCAAGUGGGCAUACUACAGUCCACGGUAGGAUGCUUAAGCAAAAACUUCAUCUCACUAGAAGGUGGAGAUAGAAUUACCAUUUCAUUUCAAAGCUCGUUAUAUCAGUUUUGGGAAAAAGCAGUCGGUUCAGGAGAAGUGACGGUGGAGAUGUGCGGAGUUCAUGUAAUUACUGCAGUUUAAAUAUCGUUACUUCAUCAUCUCUCCCCGACUGUGUAUGAGACUUAAGUAAGGUGCUGCUAAAUGGAUGCUAAUUCGUAGGUUCAAUUCCUACUGGAUGCAUCAGAAUGGGUCUGAUUCAGCAUCUGCCAGAGGUUCGUGGGGUAGACUGUUCUUGAUUAGUAACAGCAACACGAAGUCUUCAUCUAAAUAUCUGUGCACGUCUGAAUCUCAUCACUUACACCAAGGACUACUAUUAGUGAUAACACCUUAAAAAAUUAAUAGAAUGUAACAAAAACAUGUUGCAAGAUAUUUAUUGUGUAGGUAGAAUAGAUAAUACAAAUUUUUUAUUGUGUUGAAGUAACAGCCAUUUUUCCAGCAAAUUGAACAGAGAUUCCACAAUCUUCUUUCUGAAUUUCAGAUUCAGAUGUCAGGUGCAGUGGUUCACUGAUCAUGAUCACUGAUAACAUUAGGCAUAUUAAUUAAAAAACCUUUGGUGGGGAAAAGUAGCAACUAUUAUGCUUUUCUGUACUGUACAUUUUAAUUUUUAAUUUUUUUUGCCACAUUUGUUGUUUAUUACUUUAUUCCAAUAAAAAUGCUGUCUUACAGAUACCUCUUUGAGCUUCAAUGCAAGUUAGGCUCACGAACAUUCAUUUGAGCUGCUCAAGAGCACAGUCAAAUCAUAUUACUUUAUGAGGAAGUUUGGCAUGUUUACAUUUGGAGCCAGCAAAAAGAGCCCAUCCAUUUACGGAUUCAUCCAUGAUUAUACAAAAAGACUUUUAGAGAAACCUAAUACAUAAGAGGCCGCUCUGAAGUUGGACAAGUACAAAUGGGAUCAAGACUGAGACAUUGAGGAAAUUAGGAAGUACGUGAGAUCCUGUCCUGCUACUAUCUUUCAAGCUGCCUUAGUCAUAUAUAUUAUCAGUUUUAGUUGAGGAUUUUGAACUUUAAAUUGUUUUAGCUCCCGGCACAGCUAGAUGAAAGAAUCUCGAAACAAAAUGCCACACAACUACAUGCUCUAUACAGUUUCCAUGAAAAAUCGGGAAGCUACCUAAAUGGAGAGCCCACGGGUUCGCGAGAACGGAUUCCUCAAGUAAGUUUGGGGGUAUAGCUUAAUACAUAUUUUUCAUGACGGCAUAUCUCUGUUCUAGUAUAUGAAGGGUUUUUUUUUUUUCUGAAUCCAAUUGUUGUCUGCAGGUUCUAGUCUUGUUAAUCUAUUCCACUGUAAAAGGUUCAUAUUUCCACAGCUUCUAUAGAUGUUAUAGUCUUUUUUUUAACUUUCUAU